AUGGCCGCGUUGGCCACCUUUUGCCAAUUGGCAGCUGCAAUUCCAUCUCGCGGGAAUUCAUCCGACUACGAGUACAUUGUAGUCGGGUCAGGGGCCGGCGGUGGGACUGUUGCAGCGACUCUUGCCCGAAAGGGGCAUUCUGUGUUUCUCAUCGAAGCAGGAGGCGACCACGGAGACGACUUGAUUCAAGAGAUUCCGAGCCGAGCAAGCACCGCUAUUGAGAAUAGCGAGAUGGCAUGGCACUUUUACAUCAACAAUUAUCGAAACCAGACACAGGGCCGGAGAGACUCCAAGUACACCUAUCGUCUCUCUGACGGGACAUUGUACUAUGGACUCGACCCACCGGCCGGUGCAGAACCGCACUGCGCUCUCAGUCUUGGUACACUCUACCCUCGGGGAGCGACGGUGGGUGGGAGUACACAGAUAAAUGCACUGAACUGGGCCGCGGCUUCGGACAAAGAUUGGGACCUGAUUGCCGAGUACACCGGCGACGAUUCCUGGAGUGCAGAGGCAAUGAAACCCUAUUUCAAAGCCUUGGAGAACCGCACUUACCGUGAGGAAGGACUUGGCUUUGAUGGGUUCAUCUCGACCAACCGAAAUAAUGUGUCGUACAUCACGGGUCGACCUGAUCUGGCCGCAUUCAUGUCAAACGCCAUACGGCAUACCGAAGGGGUCAACGUCUCCGGUAUCGACCACUUGACAGAGCUUUUGCAGAGAGAUGUGAACGACCCGUUGUACAGCUACACGCCUGGUGCGUAUCAACUAAGUGUAGCUGAGACGGAGGACAGACGACGAUCUGGAGCCCGGAACUACAUCGUGGACACGAUUGAAGCCGGAUAUCCCCUGACUCUCAGCACCCAUUCGCUCGCCUCCAAGAUCCUAUUUAACCGCUCUGGCAGCGCACCAAGGGCUGUUGGGGUUGAGUAUUUGGUCGGAGAAGCUCUGUAUGGCGCCGAUCCUCGAUACAAUGUCUCCCAAACAGGCCAGGUAAAAACUGUGAGGGCCUCGAGAGAGGUGAUUGUUUCCGGAGGUGUGUUCAACACACCGCAGCUCCUCAAGCUGAGUGGUGUCGGGCCACGCGAGGAGUUGGAAAGCUUCGGGAUUGAUGUCAUUGUCGACUCUCCUUCUGUGGGAAAAUAUCUCCAGGAUCAUACCGAGGCGAUCGUCGUCGUUAACGCCACCGAACCCUGGUCGAAUAACCCUAACACGAACUGCACCGGUCAAUUCGACUCUACAGACCCCUGCUUCGUCGAAUGGAAGAACUCAGGGACCGGCCCAUACGGCGAAGGUGCCGCCCCCCUGUCGAUCAGACACCGUUCCAGUCAGAGCGAGGACGAAGAAAUCGACCUUUGGAUAUAUGGAUUCACUGGUGCAAUUGUUCGCGGCUGGUACCCUGGUUUCUCCAGAGCCUUGCCUGCCCCGUCCGCCUUGUCCUUUGCCAUCAUCAAGACUCAGACACCUGGUGAUGAGUCCUCGGGCACUGUCACCCUACGAUCGGCGAACCCACGCGAUACGCCUGAUAUCGUGGUUGAUUGGCUCCAGGGUGGACAUGGGGAGCGCGACCUGGAAAUAUUGACAGAGGGUGCUGAACUCUUGUACAGCAUAAUGGAGGAUUCCCCAACUCCCCCCUCCCCUUUCUCCCGAGUCCAGCCAGGCGAAGGAGUUGAUGUCGCCCAGAAUUUGAAGGAUGAGGCCUUUGGCCAUCACGGUGGCUGUACCUGUCGAAUGGGUCCAGGCAAUUCCCUUGACCAUUGUGUCGACUCCGAGCUUCGCGUCAAUGGUGUACAAGGCUUACGUAUUGUGGAUAUGUCGGUUUUCCCGCGAGUCCCCGGUGCUUUCCCACAGCAAUCUACUUACGUGAUGGCUUUGAAGGUGGCGGACACGAUCUCACAGAGCGGCGUUUAA